UUGUCUUUCUUUAUCCUGUUGUUUUCACCUGAUUUAUGAGCCGCUAAUGUGAACUAGGCUAGCCAGUUGUAACGUGUAAAGACAUAGACAUAGACAUCAAACUACUUGGUACUAAAUUUACUCAAAAUGAUAGUGAUGUUGGUGACCUAGGAGUCUCUUUGUUGGACUUGUUGUUGUGAAAUAUUGACUAAGGUAAUUCCUUUUGCAAAUGAAAUUACUAAAUCAAUACAAUGGUCCACUGUUAAUCAUUUCUUUUUAUUUCUUGUAGCUCUCAGAGAGGUAGGGUGAAAGCAGUGUCAGGGACACAUAUGUUGAAACUUUAGAGUAUGUGAAGCCAAACUUGGCAGACUUUUCAAGCAUAGAAAUUUAUUUGUUUCGGAGAAGUAUCAUAUGAUAUGACAAGUUUUGGAAUAGUAUGUCUUCUAUAUCUUGAAACUGCUCUGGAAGUUUGCCUCAUGUUAUAAUAUCUUCGAAGAAUUCUUUUCACCUUUCAAUAUAUUCUGGAGUAAAAUCUUAUGCGCCAAUGAACAGUCUUUGGCUUAUAGUUUGGUAUGCUUCUUUUUCUUUAUGCUGUUUACUCAGGGAAGCUGAUGCUCUACAGUACAGGAUUACUCCGUCUCAAUCUUUAAGUGAUGGUGAAAGCUUAGUUUCAGAGGAGGGAAGUUUUGAACUUGGUUUCUUUAGUCCGGGCAGCUCCAAGUAUCGUUACUUGGGUAUUUGGUAUAGGAAUAUUGCUGUCAGGACUGUAGUGUGGGUUGCAAAUCGAAAGAUCCCGAUUAAAGAUUUGUCAGGUGUCUUGACGGUUAACAACACAGGAAGUCUUGUGCUGUUGAGUGGGAAAAGCAAUGAUAUUUGGUCGACAAAUUCAUUUAGAGAAGCUAGAAGUCCUGUAGCGAAACUUUUGGAUUCUGGAAAUCUUGUUCUUGUAGAUGAGAAAGGUGGAAAUUCUGAUGUCUUCUUGUGGCAAAGCUUUGAUUAUCCAUCUGACACACUGUUACCUGGUAUGAAGUAUGGAUGGGAUUUACGGACUGGUCUUAAUAGGCGCCUCACUUCAUGGAAGAACUCCGAUGACCCUUCCCCAGGAGCACUGAGUGGUGGAAUAGACCUUCAUGGAUAUCCUGAAUCAGCCAUGUGGAAGAAUUCCCGGAAAUACUUUCGAGGUGGUCCGUGGAAUGGAAUACGGUUCAGUGGUGCUCCUGAACUAAAGCCCAACCCAGUUUUCGAUUUCAAGUUUGUUUCUAAUCAGGAUGAGGUGUACUAUAUGUACCAGCUCAAGAAUAAAUCCGUGAUCACGAGGCUAGUCUUUAAUGAUACCACCUCUACAAGACAGCGUUAUGUAUGGGUGGAAGCUGAUCAAUCUUGGAGACUUUAUGGAGAAGUCCCGAGAGAUUAUUGUGACACUUACGAUCUUUGUGGUGCAAAUGGAGUCUGUGUUAUCAGCGACUCUCCUGUUUGCCAGUGCCUGGAAGGUUUUAAACCAAAAUCACCCGAAAGCUGGAACUCAAUGGACUGGUCUCAAGGAUGCAUUCUUACUGAGCCUUUAAACUGCUUGAAUCGAAAAGUGUUUGUCAAAUUUACUGGCCUGAAAUUACCAGAUACAACCAGUUCUUGGGUGAACGCUACUAUGAACCUGGCAGAGUGCAGGGCAACUUGCUUAAAAAAUUGCUCCUGUAUGGCUUACACAAACUUAGAUAUUAGAGGAAAAGGUAGCGGGUGUGCCCUCUGGUUCGGUAACUUGAUUGAUAUUAGGCAGUUUCCAGACAGUGGCCAGGACCUCUAUAUACGAAUCGAAGCUUCUAAUGAAGGGUUCCCUGCUGUGAAAGUAAUUAUUAUUGUGGUAAUCACUGUUGCUGUAUUUUCUGGUAUGUGUCUUGCCUGCUACUGCUUAUUCAGGAGAAAGAAAGGAAAAGCAGGUGAAGAGAGUCAAAAUAAUUGCCAGGAUUUACGCCCAACAGAAGAUCCAGACAUCCCAUUCUUUGAUUUGGCAACAAUAUCACAGGCCACCGAUGACUUCUCACUGAACAAUAAGCUUGGUGAAGGUGGUUUUGGACCUGUUUACAAGGGCACUCUAACAGAUGGACGGGAUAUUGCCGUGAAGAGGCUUUCAAAAAGUUCUGGACAGGGAUUGAACGAGUUCAAAAAUGAAGUGCGGCUGAUUGCAAAGCUUCAGCACAGAAAUCUCGUAAGGCUUAUCGGUAGCUGCAUCGACGGGGAAGAAAAGAUGCUAAUCUAUGAAUACAUGGCGAAUAAAAGCUUGAACUUCUUUCUUUUUGAUAAUAGAAGGAAGAGAGAUUUAAAUUGGUCUAAGCGUUUCCAGAUUAUAUGUGGAAUUGCUCGAGGUCUUCUUUAUCUUCAUCAGGACUCGAGGUUGAGAAUUAUUCAUAGAGAUCUCAAAGCAAGCAAUGUUUUGCUUGAUGAGGAAUUGAAUCCGAAGAUUUCAGACUUUGGAAUGGCAAGAACCUUUGGAGGAGAUCAGAAUGAAGACAGUACUAGAAGAGUUGUCGGAACAUACGGGUAUAUGGCUCCAGAGUAUGCACUUUAUGGUCUAUUCUCAGUGAAAUCCGACGUGUUUAGUUUUGGCAUUCUAUUAUUGGAGAUAAUAAGUGGAAAGAAAAACGGUUCCUUUAAUCAUUCAGAAUUCCACCAUAAUCUUAUAGGAUAUGCUUGGCAAGUUUGGACGGAAGGCAGACCACUCGAACUGAUCGAUUCCUCGUUGGAUGACUCUUGCUCUCUCCCUGAAAUGCUGCGAUGCGUGCAUGUAGCUCUCUUGUGCAUCCAGCAGAGCCCCGAUAACAGGCCGAAUAUGUCAUCUGUGGUUCUAAUGUUGAAUGGGGAGAGUACACUGCCGGAGCCAAAACAGCCGGGUUUUCUGAUAGACGUGAUGCCAACCGAAGUGUAUCCUUCAUCCAGCCAGCGGGAAACAUGUUCAGUAAAUGAAAUCACUUUCACGCUCUUGGAUGCCCGUUAGUGCAUGGGUCGAUAGCUCACGUGGACAUUGUGAUCGUAGCAAACAAAAAUCUUAGCCUAACUAUGUGAUUAUGAUGAGGUUUGGGAUGAACUCUUGAAGCAAAAAGCCAUAUUUUGUUCUAUGUGGUGGUGAUCUUUGUAGGGGUUGGUCUCUCUUCUUGAUGCCACUGAAAUAUAGAACAUUAUAGAAUGACCAUUUUAGCAAGCUUUCUAGAUUAGUAGCAAAAUAAGGAUACAAGAAUUGUUUGUGAAGUUUUCAGUUGCUUGUAUGAGAAAAAGGUCAUUUCUUUUGUCCACUGUUUCUCCAUGAACUACCAGAUUGAUUUUGCUUGUGGAGAUGGCAAAUGUGCUCAUUUGUA